CAGCAAUCGACGAGACACAACCCUCACAGCUUCAACACCACAACCACUGACUAUCUAACCUGACUGACUGGCAUUUACGUAUCCAGCCAGCUCAUCCCUUAUAAUGGCAUCUCGUGCACUCCGCACAGUCAGUCGGACUGCAGAAUUUCUCCACUCACCGCGGAAAGCAGGACUAUCCGUCUCGUCCAGAGCUCAGCUCGCCUACAUUCCUCUCCGCUCCAUAACCAGCCCAUCAACAUAUCGCCAGUCGCAAUACACAGCAUCUAAAACAUCUGCGGCCUCUAAACCUGUCUCUCCUGCCCCGACCACUACUCCUGCAAAACCACCCGUUUCCUCGUCUCCCUCCCCCAGCUCUUCGUCGAACUCAAACUCCAGUACCACCACCCCUUCAAAACCGACACCAACAACAACCACCGUCCAAAAUCUCAGCAAGACGGGCCUAGACGAUAAGCCCAAAGACCUUGGCAUCUCAAACUCCACCGAAAACAACAACAACAGCAAAGACCAUGUCGACUGGACGCGCUCAUUCCACGGGCUCAGCGCCGAGCCCUUCUCAAAGGAAGCAGCCGCAGUCCUCCUCCAAGAGGUAAACCCAGAAGACGUCGAGAUAAAGCCAGAUGGUAUUGUCUACCUCCCCGAGAUUAAAUAUCGACGUAUAUUGAAUAAAGCGUUUGGGCCGGGCGGCUGGGGGCUUGCACCGCGGGGUGAGAGUAUCGUCACAGCCAAGACUGUGACGAGGGAGUACGCGCUCGUUGCGCAUGGCCGCCUUGUCUCCGUCGCGCGCGGCGAACAAGACUAUUUCUCCCCCGACGGCAUCCCCACCGCGACAGAGGGCUGCAAGUCCAACGCCAUGAUGCGCUGCUGUAAGGACCUAGGCGUGGCCAGCGAGCUCUGGGACCCGCGCUGGAUCCGCAAGUUUAAAGCCAAGUACACCCGCGAGGCGUUCGUGGAACAUGUGACGACGAAGCGGCGGACGAAGAUUUGGCUCAGGAAGGAUGACCCGGUCUCGUAUCCGUGGAAGGAGACGAAGUGAGAUAUAAAUAAUAUGUCGUGAUCUGCCCGUGAUAUAUGCGUGUAUGGAGAUGGGAGAUGGGGACAUAUAUUGACGUUGGGCGGGUGGAUAACCAUUGUCUGCCUUGGGCUGUUGAAUGUAGCCGGGGGGGGGGGGAUACCCCUCCAUUGAGGUAUCCGAUCAACUCCUUCUCCUUUCCAACCCCCAGUAGAACGAGUCCCAGCAUUUCGACCGCCGCGUACGCCAACGCGGUCAACGAGGUUCCGCUACAGCGCACAUUUCUCCCCUCCCCUUCCAUUCUUAGCACAAAACUUUUGCCCCAUCCUCCCAAUAAAAGCAACCAACCCACGUUGCUUCCACCUACUACUCGAACCUCCAUCUAAAAAAGCCUUCAGUCACCGUGUCAACCCAGGACGCCUUUCGCCAUCUUCCCCAUCCCAUGGCAGGGUCAUAACAUUACGAAAGGCUAAUGAAAGUCGCAAUAUCCCAUACACCCAGAUACCCGUGUGCAUUACUAUGUUUUUCCCAUGUAUUAUUUUAUUUGCUGUAUCCCCCUGCAUGUAUAGACUUCCGGGGGAAUUCUGGUCUUUCCUCUCUUGUUCUUGUUUGUUUUAACACUUCCCCCCCCCUAUAUAUUAUCAAAAGCGAUAGUUUCUGUACGAUAGAUGGUUUUUUUUUAGGUAAUCCCAGUAUCUCUCUGUAUGUACAUGUACAUACAGUACAUAUAUGUAUAUGUGAUAGAAUAAUAUACGGGAUAUUGCAAACGAAUGGUUGGAUGGAAACAUUUGGGCAAUGCUGUGACUGAAUGGCUGAAGCUGUUUUUAGCACGGGUUGAGUGCAUUUUCGAGUAAUUGUACUAUAACUAUUACAAUCUGAAUUAAUAUUAUAUCGCGAAUCCCUCUUCUUGUCAACGGGGCUAGUUCAAUAUAGCAACGUUUGAGAGAGGGCAUAAAACCGUUAAGACGCAAGAUAAUAAUUAAUACAUAUAAAAAAAUCAUAAUAACUAUAUAUAUAGGGAAGAGCGUACGGAGUAGAUGGG